AUGUCAUAUAGAAAUAGAACAGCAACAUAUAAUAGUUUGAGAGAUCAACAUAAGAAUAGUAGACCAAGUGCUGCAUUUAGAAAGGACGAUGGAUCAGCAGAGCCAUUGAACAAGAGAGAUGGAACCUCAGGUGAUAUCCCUCUCACAAGAUUGAACGUUGCACCAGAAUGGAUCAAGAUACAUGACAUAGACACCAAACUAAGUCUAUUAAAUGAUAAGAUUCAGAAGCUUGGCAAGUUACACGCUACAAUGACAGAGAUCAUGUUUGAUAAUGAUCGCGAGAUUGAGAUUGAGACAGAGAUUGAAGUCAUGACUAAAGAUAUUGCAACCGACAUUAGCAAGACACAUAAUAUGAUCAAGAUAUUGGGAGAGAAGAAGAAUAUGAGUGGAGAGGAGGUUAAGCUUAGGAAGAAUAUACAGUCGGCAAAGUCGAAGCAGUUGCAUGAUGUGUCGAUGGAGUUUAGGAAGAAGCAGAGAGCAUUCUUGAAUGCACUGCAGAAGAAUUCAAAGUUGGAUGCAUGGGGCGACACGUCACAGGAUGAACCGGACGAGGAGGAGGACUACAAGGGGUUCGGAUUCACCGAGCAGCAGCUGGAGGUCGUCGGCAUCAUGGAGAGCGAGGUGGAGCAGCGCAACGCCGAGAUCAAGCAGAUCCUGCGCUCAAUCAACGAUCUGUCGGCAAUCAUACAGGACAUCAGCAUGCUGGUCAUCAAGCAGGGCACACUGCUCGACCAGAUCGAAUACAACCUGGACCAGACAGAGGCAAACAUUGUCGAAGCCGAUGCCAUUUCAAAGGAUGCCAACAAACUACACAAAGGUUACAGGAACAGACUAUGUAUACUAUUAGUCCUUAUAGUCUUGAUCGUUGCCAUGGUAUUCUUUGCUAUUAUCAAGGCAUUUAUUUAA